GUGGAUACCCUUUUCAGCUUUCAGCUCGAGCAGAGUAGCUGUUAUUUUUUCCAGUAUAGCAGAUAUGGACACAGAGCGCCACUAUGCAGGACCAAAACUUGACCAUAAAGCCUCCAAUGAAUAUGUCUGUUGAAGAGCAGGCCCGCAUGCUCAGCUUCUGAGCAGUUCCUGGACUGCGUACUGGACGGUGUAGUGGCAAAACCGGACGUGAGAAUGGGAAAGCUCAGCGGUCAGGUCUGAGAGCCUGCCCCCAGACUCACUCACAUGCUGAGGGCUAUAAGCGAGGGAAUAGUGGUUAAAUAUAGCUUAGCAGAGCAGCACAGCCUACAAGUUCUCACUGCGGGAGAACAAUCACAGAGUGGGCGCGCACAGUGCUCAGUGGACUCCUAGCAAAGCUACAUCUUUUAUUAAGCUGAAGAACCUCUAUUGUUGGAACAGAGUUAUAGGUUUUCUCGAAGGAGACACUAUUGUGCUGCCUCCUCUGCAUUCUGUCCUUUCUCGGCAGCUAGCGUGACUCCCUCUGGCUCUUGCUCUCUUUACAGUCUCUCUCACAGACAUAGAUAAGGGCUUUCUGCUACCCUCCCAGCUGCUGCUUCUUUGGUUAGCUCAUGGCCUGAAAGGAGAGAGAGCGGGAGCGCGAGAGUGAAUGUGUUUAGACACCUGUUCUGUGUAACAUUACAUUACCUUUGCGACUUCACUUGGUGAACUGGAGAGAGUGUUGUGGGGAACCACUGUGCAUCUGCUCUUUGAUGUUGCUAGUUGUUCUGAUGGAAUGCUAAUGAGAAGAUACCAGGAACCUCUUUAGCAAGGACCUUACUUCUAUCAAAGGAUUAUCUUCACUGAAGGCUCAGGGACCAUUGUGGAGGCAACAUGAGGUCCAAAAGCAAUGGAGUGGACAGUCCAGCCAACGGGGUCCUGGUGGUCCCUCAUGCAAUACAUGAGAUUGGUGAAGAAGAGGUGGGUGAGGAGAAGCUGCUGGCUACUGAGAAAAAUAUGAAGGCCAAAGUUCAACAGAAGGAUGAUGAAGAGAAGCUUCAGUCAGAAACUGAUGACAACUCCACAAAGAAAGAUGACCAAAAACUAGGCCUGAAGGAUCUGUCUAAAGAGGACCUUCUUAAGUUGCUGGGAAUCAUGGAGGGAGAGAUUCAGGCGAGAGAGGAUGUUAUACGGCUGUUGAGAUCUGCGCUCAGUCGCCCAGAGGUGCUAGAGUCUCGUUAUGGCUCAGCAGGUCCCACCAAACCCCUUCAGGCCCUGCAGAGAGACGGACUGCUCAUCAACAUCCGCACACACCACGAUGACGUGUAUGAAAAGCCUAUGGCAGAGCUGGACAAGCUUCAGGAUAAGCAUAGGGAGACGUAUCGGCGCAUGCUGGAGCAGCUGCUACUGGCCGAGAAAUGCCAUCGACGUACUGUUCAUGAGCUGGACACUGAGAAACGCAAGCACGUAGACUACAUGAACAAGAGCGAUGACUUUACCAAUCUUCUGGAACAAGAGAGAGAAAGAUUAAAGCUGUUGCUGAAGCAAGAGAAAGCGUACCAAGUACGAAACGAAAAGGAGCACUCUAGACGACUGCAGAAAGUUCGUGGAGAGCUGAUCAAGUUGAAGUCUUUUGCGCUCAUGUUGGUGGAUGAGCAGCAACUCCACCUGGAGCAGAUUGACCAGCAAAGCCAGAAGAUCCAAGAACUUCUCCAAAAACUCCAGGAGAAAGAAAAGAAGCUGAGCGAAGUUGAGGCCAAAGCAAAGGAGGACAGCCAGAAGCUCUUGAACCUUGAGGUUGAGCUAGAGGUCAGGACUUCCAAGUUUGCACGCCAGCAUGACGAGAUGACAGCUAAACUGGCCAACCAUGAGACUCAGCAUAGGCAGCUGUGCCAGAAACAGGCAACUCUGUCACAGAAAAUUGAGGAGCUGGAAGAGACGAAUGCUAUUCUGCAGAAAUCAGCAGUGGAGCUACAGGAGCUGCGUGAUAAAAUAAGCAAGGGGGAGUAUGGCAACUCAAACCUGAUGGCGGAGCUGGAGAACUUGCGUAAGAGAGUCUUGGAGAUGGAAGGCAAGGAUGAAGAGAUCACCAAAGCUGAGUCUCAAUGCAGUGAGCUGAAGAAGAAACUCCAGACUGAGGAGAUCCACAGCAAGGAGAUAAAACUGGAGGUGGAAAAGCUACAAAAGAGGAUGGCGGAGCUUGAGAAGCUGGAAGCAGACUUCAGUUUGGGCAGGACUGAAUGUGCCCAGCUGCAGAAUGCUCUGGAGAAAGAAAAAAGCCUGACGAAAGAACUGGCAGAGGAGCUAGUGACAGUUAAAAUUCGCAUGAAAGAACUAGAAACAUCUGAGCUGAAAAUGGAGAAGGCAGAGCUGGCUCUGAAAGAGGAGCUGAUGAAGCUCAAGUCAGUCACUGUAAUAAUGGUUAAUGAGCGCAAGAACAUGGCAGAAAGAAUAAGGUCUGAGGAAAAGAAGAUAGAGGAUCUGGAAAAAUUGUUUAAGGCAGAACAGGAGAAGGUUAUGGAGGUCACUGAGAGGUUGAUAGAAGAGAGUAAAAGACUCCUAAAGCUGAAAUCUGAGAUGGAGGCAAAAAUAACCACCUUGGUCAAAGAGAAAGAUGAGCUGAAGGUCAGGCUUACAACCGAGGAAGAUAAAUGUAAAGAUUUAAAUUCCAAGGUUUGUGUGAUGAAACAUGUUAAUGAUGAGGUGAAAGAUGAAGAAAAUGAUUCUACAAAAAAGAUGUUAAGCAAAGAAGUGGGUAGUGCUAUAAAUUCAAGUAGAAAGGAUGAAAAUAAGAUAAUAGAACUAACUGUGGAAAUUGAAAGGUUGAGAAAUCGUCUCAAGCAGCUCGAGGUUGUUGAGGGAGAUCUGAUCAAGACAGAGGAUGAGUAUGAUAUGUUGGAGAAGAGGUUCAAGAGUGAGCAGGAAAAAGCAAAUUCCCUCUCACAGCAGGUAGAAGAAAUGAGGAGUCAGAUUGCUUUGAGCAAGGUAAUAGAGAGAGGAGAGGCGGUUAGUCAAGAGGCAGAGUUACGGCGGCGGUGCAAACUGGAAGAGGCCAAAAACAGAGACUUGCAGGCAGAUGUUCAAGCUCUCAAGGAAAAGAUCCAUGAGCUCAUGAACAAGGAGGACCAGCUUUCACAGCUUCAGGUGGACUACUCUGUCCUACAACAGAGGUUCCUUGAAGAGGAGGACAAAAAGAAGAGCAUGAGCAAUGAGGUUCUGAAUCUUACCAAAGAACUUGAGGUCACUAAACGCUACAGUCGAGCUUUGAGGCCCAGCAACAAUGGAAGGAGAAUGAUGGAUGUUCCAAUGAUGUCCACAGGAGUGCAAACUGAUGCUGUUGAAAAUGAAACAAAUGAUGAUGAGGACACACCUGCUGUGUUCAUCAAGAAGUCUGUCCAAGAAGAGAACCACAUAAUGAGUAGCCUUCGUCAGAGAAGCCUUAAGAAGCCUGCUGAAAGACCACCAGUCCGUGAACUCUACCCCUCAACGGCUAGUGAUCUUACUCUCAAGAAGUCUUGGAUUCCGUGGAUAAGGAAGAAAGACAGUCAUAGCCAGAGUGCUUUGGAAAAGUCUGUACAUAUAAAUGGAGAUUCUAUACAUUCUGAAAUUAAAAUGACCCCAAAGCAAGGCCAGCCGUUACACAUUCGAGUGACUCCUGACCACCAGAACAGCAAGACAACCCUCCAGAUUAGCAGCUCUCCUGCAGAGAACAUCUUCAGCAGUGCCAUAGUCACACCCGCACAGGGUGUUCAGAAGCCGCGAAUAACAAUCAUUCCCUCCACGGCUGUUUCGCCAAAUGAGAGAGCCAGAGAGCCAAGGUGUCCAGAGAGAGCCAAAUCUCCAAUGACCAUCACAACUAUCUCAAGAGCCAAGUCCCCUGAGAGCAUGAAAGCUGACAGGUCUACGUCGCCCUCAUCCCUCAUGUCAGUUAGCACCUCCACACUGUCAGAUGUAUCCAGCUCCCCUGAGCCUCAGGAAAUGAUCACAGGCAGGGCUGUAUUUAAAGUGACUCCUGAGAAAAGAAUGGUGCCCACACCCAUUAAAAAGACUAAUUCAAAUGCUAAUAUCAUCACCACAGAUGACAACAAGAUUCACAUUCACUUAGGUUCACAGUUCAGAAAGCCCUCUGAAAGCAACAGCUCUGUGGUCAUGGUGAGACCUGUCGCGGUAGCGGCUGAGAGCAAAGAACUUUCUACAGGCACCGUGCUACGUUCACCACGCCAUGGCACCAUCAGCAAAGCAACAUCAAACAAAGUGACAAGCAGCCUCACCAUCACGCAGGUCACUACAGCACCACCCAGACCAACACUUUCUGUGCAGCCUGUUAUGGACCCCCAAGCUCCUCGAUCUGGGCUCACUCGCAUUCCUAUGUCUCGGGGCAUGAAAACUGGGAAGGCUGUACUUGGGGCACUAGGCAUUACCACCAGUGUGAAGAUGGAAUCAAAAGCAGAGAGUCAGGCCAUGCGAAUUGAGAUGAAGAAAUCGCCUAUUGGCAGUGCCACUCUUCAGGGUGGCGGCAAAGGCUGAAAGUGCUCAUAAUGACAAAAAGUUCCACAAGUUGAAAUUUAGGGUUUGCAAAUAGUCUGAGCCAUGAUAAAAAAAAAAAAACUAAAAAAAACAACAAAACAGUGGGUCAGAAGAUGGCUCCUUCAUUUUAGAUGGCUUAUGGGAAUUGCCUGCACAGUUCAGUUCCAUAUCAAAGCAGAGCAAUUUUUCAUAGGUGAUCGGACAAUGUAUACAAUUGUAAAUACAGACAAUGUCUGGGUUGUCAUUGCUGUUUUUCUCCUCCUUUUUUUUUUUUUACAUCAAAUAAAGAAUCAUAUUAUGCAAAAGAACAAACUUUUGCUCCAUAAAGGAGCUACACUGUUGUCACUCUUACCAGUAGCAAACCUGAGCCUGACUUUCAUCUAUGGAUUCUUAGCAUAUGAUAGAAGAAGAUCUGCAGUUUUCUUAUGCAGUAGGGUCAACUUUAGAUAUCCUCUGGAAAAUGUUAGAUGCAGAGGUGGUAGUUUUGCUUGCAGUGCCACUACUAUGAGUUAAGGGAAUUAAUGAUAGGCUCACAUAGUGGGCUUCGUUCAGUGUUGUAUAUGUGUUGGUUAAUGUUUUUACUAAGGCCAAGCUUCUUAAUGUGUAACAAAUGUUUUUACUAUUGUUUAUAAGAUAAUUGAAAUAAAAUGUUUUUUUUUUUCUUUUAA